AUGGAUCAAAAUAAACGAACUCAAACAGAAGAAACAAACGAAAAUGAGGAAGAACAAGAACAAGAAAAUCAAGAAUCCCCAAACCCAACGCAAGCGAACGAAAAUGAGGAAGAACAAGAACAAGAAAAUCAGGAAUCUUUAAACCCAACACAAGCGAACGAGAAUGAGGAAGAAAAAGAACAAUCUACAAAUGAAAACAUUGAAAUUAUGGACGAAGAAGACCCGAAUAGAAACGAUGUUCCAGUUGAAGAAAAAAUGACAAGUAACAGGGGUAAAUUUGCGGUGUUGAUGUGGAAAAACUGGAAAUUAGAAAGGCGAAAUCCUUUACAAAUUGCAAUCUCGAUUUUAUAUCCAGUCCUUGUUGUAAUGUUAUUGGUUAUAGUUGCUAUGUUCGCAAAAAUAAAAAAUCACGAUACCAAAAUUUUUGAACCCUUUGAUGUCCUAGGCUUUCCAGCAGGCGCCUCAACAGUUAUAUUAUUUUCCCCUGACAAUAAAGACACUAGAGCUGUAAUGGAUGUAUUUGGCAAAGUAUGGAACGUCACUGGUUCGGAUGAUAUAGACAACGAUUAUAAAAAACAAGAAAACGAGGUUUUAUUCGCAGUGCAAUUUCCUCCAAACUUUUCCACAAAAGAUGAAGAUGUUUCUUUGUCUGUAAGGUUUCCGGCCGAACUCAAAAACUCAAAUGAUAAUUGGAAAACGUAUUUGAAUUAUCCUGUGGACGCCCUAGAAGGACCAAGAGAGUAUGACGAAAAUGCAGGAGCUACACCAAGCUACUUCAAAGAGCAAUUUAUUCAAGCCCAACUAAUGUUGACCUUAUCGCUAAUAGCUCUAAGGAAGAACAAACCUUUAGAUAUUGACCAGCAAAGUAAAGGGGAUGUUUUAAAGUUGAUGCAGGCCGUAAGUGAUGAAACGGAGAUCCCCGAGGUCAAAAUGCAAAGAUUCCCGCAUCCAGCUUGGAAGGAAGCUGCCCUCUUGGGGGUUUUAGUGGAUAUGUUGCCCGUGUGUAUUUGGUGCGGCUUCACUUACAUCUGCAUGAAAACGGUGGAAAUGAUAGUGAAUGAAAAAGAAAACCAACUUAAAGAGGCCAUGAAAAUAAUGGGUUUGCCGAAUUGGCUGCAUUGGACGGCCUGGUUCGUGAAAACCUUUGUACUCAUGUUAAUACCAUUCAUUAUUCUAGUGAUACUACUCAAAAUCAACAUUUUUGUUCGUGCUGAUCCCUCUGUGGUGCUACUGUUUCUUUUGUUCUACGCAUUAUCGACAAUUAUGUUCUGUUUUGCUGUCAGCGUGUUUUUUUCAAGAGCCGAUACUGCAGCAAACAUAGCAAUUCUGGUGUCGGUCAUCUUCAUGGCGCCUUACAUGUUCCUCAAAAAGCAAUACGAUCAGCUGAGUCUGACGGAAAAAACGGCCUUCGCUUUGGGCUACAACACCGCCAUGGGAUACGGGUUUCAAACGAUGGCAAAAUACGAAACCACGGGCGAAGGCAUAGGCUGGAGCAACAUGCAUCUACCUCCAACACCAGGCGAGAAUUUGACGUUGUUACUCAUGAUAGUGAUGUUGCUUGUGGACAGUUUGCUGUACUUUUUGAUCGCGAUGUACUUCGAGGCGAUAUUCCCGGGGGAGUACGGUCUGGCGCAGCCCUUUUAUUUUCCCUUCACGUCGUCCUAUUGGUUCGGGCAACCGAGGAACACCGGGACGGCCAAUCACGAGCCUUCGAACGCGACGCAAGACGAAUUCUUCGAGAAACCUCCUGAUGACUUAAAAGCCGGUAUAGAAAUACAAAACUUAAGGAAAGUGUACAAAAGCAACGUGGCUGUGGAAAAUCUCUCGUUGGACAUGUACCAAAACCAAAUAACGGUUUUGUUGGGCCACAACGGUGCCGGUAAAACCACGACGAUAAGCAUGUUAACCGGUAUGAUACCGUCUACGAGCGGAACCGCUAUCAUUAACGGUUACGAUAUCAGAACGCAAACCAAAAGAGUGAGGGACUCUCUCGGGCUGUGUCCUCAACACGAUAUUCUUUUCGACGAGCUGACUGUAGCCGAUCACAUUUAUUUUUACAGCAGGCUGAAAGGCAUGAGGAAGAAAGACAUAACCAAUGAGAUUGAUAGGUACGUCAGUAUGUUGGAAUUUCAGGACAAGAAAAAUGCAAAAUCCAAAACUUUAUCAGGAGGCAUGAAAAGAAAGUUGUCCGUUGCAAUAGCAUUUUGUGGAAACUCUAAAGUGGUAAUGUUGGAUGAACCGACAUCUGGAAUGGACCCAUCAACUAGAAGAUCGUUGUGGGAACUCAUUCAAAAACAAAAAAAUGGUAGAACGAUUCUUUUAACGACUCAUUUUAUGGACGAAGCAGACCUCCUUGGAGACAGGAUAGCAAUAAUGAGCAGGGGUGUGUUAAAAUGCUGCGGUUCAAGUUUCUUUCUGAAGAAAAAAUUCGGAGCUGGUUAUCACCUGAUUCUGGACAAAUCCGAAAAUUGCGAUGUUCAGAAAGUAACGGAUCUUUUGAGGAACCACAUCCCCGAAAUUGAAGUGCAUAGUAAUGUUGGUUCGGAGUUAACUUAUUUGCUUGAUGAAGAUGAGGCGCCUAAAUUUGAAGAAAUGCUUAAAGAUUUGGAGGAACAUCAAGAAGAAUUGGGUGUUAAUGGUUAUGGGAUAUCAAUGACGACCUUAGAGGAAGUUUUUUUAAAAGUUGGAUCUGAUCAAGUGUUGGUUAAUACUAGUGAAAGCCAAGAAGCCACAAUUCAAAUCUCAUACGCAGGGGAAAGACGCAAAGGAUUUAAAUUGACUUGCAACCAAAUUCGGGCCAUGUUCAUGAAAAAAUUCCUUUCGUCUGUAAGGGCAUGGAUUAUUCUAUUACUUCUGAUUCUGUUGCCGAUUAUUUUUCUGUUGGUUGCCAUUCUAAGCAGCGGCAGACAUCAAGUCGCUUUGCCGGAGUUAAAGUUGAAUUUGGAUAAUUUUGCCUCACCCAAAACAAUCGUGCAAGUCGACGACGAAUCACCAUACUCCAAUACUUUUCUCGAUAUCGUGGGUAGAGAAUCGGAAAUUGAGAAAACCAAGGAUAUAACUGAUACUGCACUUAGAUUGAGAGAAGAAAACAACAAGGAGUUUAAGUUCCAUUACGUAGUGGGGGCAUAUUUCGAAAAAAAAGAUAAACAAUCCAUAAUAAAUGUAUACUUCAACAACGAUCCAUAUCAUUCCCCGGGAAUCGCAUCAUCUUUAGCAUGGGAGACUGUAUAUAAAGUUCUCUCAAGUUGCUCUCAUUGCAGUUUGAAGUUUUCCAACCAUCCUCUACCUUACAACACCAACUCCAUGACGAAGCAAUUUGCGACAGACAGUUUUGGGUCAACCAUGGCCUCCCUAGUGCCCAUCGGUCUUGGAUUUUCCGUCACGUUGGUCAUUGUGUUCGUAAUAAAAGAAAGAAUUUCCAAAUCCAAACACCUUCAACUGAUAUCUGGGGCUGAAGUUUGGAUAUUUUGGAUCACGACGUUUCUAUUCGAUUUUCUGGUGUACUGUUUUAUGGCGGUGCUGUUUGUGACUGUUCUGAGUUGUUUUCAACAACCAGGAUUUUCAACACCAGUUGAAUUAGGCAGACUGUUCGCCCUAAUGCUUUGCUUUGGGGUGGCCAUAUUGCCGCUACUCUACUUGUGCGGAUUUUUAUUCCAAGUUCCAUCGGGUGGUUACACCAACAUGGCCACAAUAAGCCUUAUGAUUAGUUUACUGCCUUUUAUGACCAUACAGUUGUUAACCGCAUUAGGAAACCAAAAAGUAACGAAUAUUUUGCACUAUAUCUUUAUUAUUUUGCCGUAUUACGCUUUGAGUGAUGGGAUAUUGCAAAUAUUUAUGCUGAAUUCCAAGAUUAACGCUUGCUCUGAAUGGGCUAAGCAUGGUAUCAACAUUGCCGACAGCGAAUAUUGCAAAGAUUCUGGUGAUUAUCAUUUCCGCUUCCAAAGACCUGGGAUCGGCCUUAACGUUUUCGUCCUUUUAUUGCUGGGUAGCCUCACACUCCUAAUCCUUCUAAUGUGCGAUUACAAACUAAUAAAACAAAAAAGAAGAACUUCCGGUCCCGCAGAGGUGCCGGACGAAGACAGCGAUGUAUACGAGGAAAAACGGAAAGUUCGAAACGCCACGGAAGACUUGAUCAAGGCAAACACGUUGGUCAUGAAGGACGUCACAAAGUACUACAAAAAAAAACUUGCCGUGAACGGUUUGUGUUUGGCGGCCAAAGGGUACGAGUGCUUCGGGCUGUUGGGGGUCAAUGGGGCCGGAAAAACGACCACUUUUCGCAUGCUGACGGGCGACCUGAAGAUGUCGCACGGUGACGCCUGGAUCAACGGCAAAAGCAUCCGAAGCGAUUUGAAGAACGUCAGGAAGCAUGUCGGUUAUUGCCCGCAAUUCGAUGCCCUUUUGGACAAUCUCACUGCAAGGGAGACGCUUAAAAUGUACGCUUUGAUUCGCGGUGUGCCCGAAAAGGAGUGCAGAGAACUCGUGGAUGGUUUGGCCAGGGAUUUGGAUUUCAGCAAGCAUUUGGGCAAAAAGGUUAAACAGUUGAGUGGAGGGAACAAAAGGAAGCUGAGCACUGCUGUUUCUAUCAUUGGGGACCCGUCUGUCAUUUACCUGGAUGAACCGACCACAGGUAUGGACCCAGUCACGAGAAGAUUCCUAUGGGACGCCUUGUGCAAACUAAGGGACAACGGUAAACUGAUAAUCCUAACCUCCCACAGUAUGGAGGAAUGCGAAGCGUUGUGCACGAGAUUGGCCAUAAUGGUGAACGGCAAUUUCAAAUGCAUCGGCUCCGGUCAGCAUUUGAAAAACAAAUUCGCCAAAGGCUACACGUUAACGAUCAAGGUGAAAAAGCCGCCGGAAAGUGACGGUUUGGAACGUGGCGAUACUCAGCCCAUAGAAGAUUUCGUUGGCGAUAAAUUUCCCAUGGCGACGCUAAGAGAAAGACACCAAGAGUUGCUGACCUAUUACAUUGCGGACACCGCGGACAUUCCUGUGUCGAGAAUGUUUGGAAUUUUAGAGGAGGCCAAACAUAAUGACACUUUAAAUAUAGAAGAUUAUUCUUUGGGACAAUCUAGUUUGGAACAAGUAAGUUUUAGACAGCUAAAGAGCUAA